AUGUCCGACUAUUUCACGUUCCCCAAGCGGGAAAAUGGUAGUGCCUCGAAACAGCCAGGGACACCAUGCUCUACUAGGAACUCUUCUAGGAAUUUGGAACUGCCGAGGAACUAUCGAACGACUGGUGGUAGUAGCGAUGAACUCUCGUCUAUGUAUUCUGGCGACUCUCAAUACUUAAUGGAUAUGAUUCCUGAUUCAUUGACGCUGAAAAAUGAGCCGAUAUCCGGAAAUCUGUCUAAUCUUACGCAAACGAAUGGGCCGGAUGAUAAAGAAAAUAAAGAGGUAAAACUUGAUGAAUAUAUAUUACCCAAGACAGAUCCGAGGUCACCUUACUAUGUUAACGUGCCUAUUCCCAAAAAAUUACCGAAGAAUGAAGGGAAAACAAAGGCUAAACAAAAGGUUAAGGACAAGGCGGAUCCUUCUGAUUUAGAUGUGGAGAACAUUUAUGAAACUUCUGCAGAGUUUGUUAGGGAGUAUCCGACAGAUAUUUUGAUUGAUAGAUUUCACAAGUGGAAAAAAAUCCUGAAAAGUUUGAUUGCUUACUUUAGAGAAGCAGCCUACUCUCAAGAACAAAUUGCAAGGAUUAAUUACCAAUUGAAAAAUGCUGUAAAAUUCGCUUUUCUUACUGAUUUAGAGGAUGAAACAAACAAGCUGGUGGAUCCGAGUGUCCCGAAAUUGCCUAACAAGAAACCGCAGCCGGUCCCGUUGGUCGCUCAAAAAUCAGACAGCAAAUACGAGGCAGACGUGGAGCAAUCACAGUCAGUCCAGGCGAUACCAGCAGAAGAGGUACCUUCCGCCUCAUCUGGUUUCAUGACAUUUGGAUCGGGAUCUAUUCAAGAUAUUCAAGUAAUUUUGAAGAAAUACCACUUAUCUUUGGGUAGUCAACAAUAUAAAAUUUCCAAAGAGAUCGUGGCAUAUAUUAUACCCAAGUUGACCGACCUUCGGAAGGAUUUGACUGCAAAGAUGAAAGAAAUCAAAGAAUUACACGGGGAUUUCAAGACUAAUAUAGGCGAGCAUGUCAAAAUUACAAGCAGGCUUCUAAAUAAAUAUAUUGCUUCAGUGAAGUUCUUAGAUGAAGCUUCCGCCUCGGGCAAUAAACAAGGUGAAAAAUUAAGACCGAAACAUGAUCCGUAUCUUUUGAAGUUACAACUAGAUCUGCAGUUGAAAAGACAAUUGCUCGAAGAAAACUAUCUUCGAGAGGCUUUUCUAAAUCUACAAUCAGCCGCACUGCAACUGGAGAAAAUAGUAUAUUCCAAAAUCCAAUCUACAUUACAACGCUAUUCAGCGUUAAUUGAUUCAGAAGCACGAUUAAUGAUCAAAAACUUGUGCCAUGAAUUGCAGCAAGGCAUUCUAUCUAGACCACCAGCUGUAGAGUGGGAUAACUUUGUGUCUCAUCAUCCUACCUGCUUGAUGAAUCUAAAAUCCACUGACCCGCCGCCGCUACCCAGAAGACUAUCUGAUAUCGUCUAUCCUAACAUGAAAUCGCCGUUGGCCAAAUGUAUUAGAGUAGGAUAUCUACUAAAGAAAACGGAAUCUUCUAAAAACUUUACUAAAGGUUAUUUUGUAUUGACUACAAAUUAUCUUCACGAGUUUAAAAGCAGCGAUUUCUUUCUGGAAAACAAGUCUCCCCGUGCAAAAAAUAAAUCUCCCAUUGAGCAAUCAGAUGCAAGCCAUAUCAAUAAGGAUGGAGCUAACGCUGGCAGUCAUCCAUCGAGCAAUGGAACGCAGGAUUUGAAAGUGACGAAGAGAAGAAAAGGAUUGAGUUCCUCAAAUCUAUAUCCUGUCACUAGUUUGUCUUUGAAUGAUUGUUCUUUAAAGGAUAGUACUGAUACAUCUUUCGUUUUACAAGGAUAUGCUAGUUAUCAUUUAUCAGAGGACGCAAGUACAACGGAAUCAAGCGUGACCCCGAAUUUGGCGUGUACACCAAAAUCGCUUACUUCAAAUAAAAACAAGCAUCAACGUACGCCAUCAGCUCUUUCGAUGGUGUCCGUUCCGAAAUUUUUAAAGGGAUCGUCUGGGCCAAAAGAACAAAAAAGGGCUAAAGAAAACUCUAAUACCAAUAAAAACUCAAUUUGCGAAAAAUACGUUGAAUGGACGUUUAAGAUAUCCUCCGCUAGUCUUGAACCAACUUCAGAGGAUUCAAAAAUUUUCAAAAAAUGGGUUCAGGACGUGAAAGCUCUCACAAGUUUUAACUCUACGCAGGAGAGGUCGAACUUUAUAGAGGAAAAGGUUUUGAAAAGCAGAAAUCACAAUAAUGGGAAGAGCUCUCAAAGCUCUAAAAAAAGUACAUUUAUGACACCGGUAGACAGUUUUGUUAACCUUUCUGAAAAAGUAACGCCAUCCUCCUCCGUUACUACGUUAAACACUAGGAAGAGGGCAAACCGUCCUCGAUAUAUAGACAUCCCGAAGGGCGUAAAUACGAAUGCAGGAGCUAUGAGUUCUGUAUACAGGUCGAAAGUCAACACACCAGCCAUUGAUGAAAAUGGUAAUUUGGCCAUAGUAGGAGAAUCAAGAAACAAUGGUUCACAAAAUGCUGUCAGCUACGCCUCUAGAACUCCAUGUAUAUCGCCCUAUUCACCUUAUUCUGGGGGAGGUGUCCCCUAUCACCGUUCAACCGAUGAUUUAACGACACCCCCUUCUCGAAAAGCAUCAGCUCCUGGAGAGGUACCUCAGAUAGCUGUUAGUAAUCACGGGGAUGAAGCUAUUAUUCCGGCAAGCGCGUAUUCUGAUGGCAGCCAUAAAUCAUCUCGCGCCUCUAGUGUUCCAUCCAUUCAUAAUCGACGUGACAAUUCUUCCUCUUCGCCAUUGAUGAACUUACCAGGUGUUUCACCUAGUUGUCUAGCAUUGGAGGGCAAUGCAAACGGAUAUUUUGGAAUACCAUUAAACUGUAAUUCAGAAGCAAGAGGAGGGUCAGAGCUUUCAGCUUUUGAGAUGGAAUCUCCUUUAUUCGAGGAAAAUAGGACUCAAAACUACAACCGCUCUCGUAAAUGCUCAGCCUGUUAUAUACCCCAACAAUGUGGUCCAAUGAUGGAAAUCAAUGAUGCAGGGUUGAGUCACGACAAUGAGAAGGGUACCUCACAACCAAGUCUAAUGUUGAAGAAGCCGCUUACAUCUAAAGGUGUUGAACUGCCUUAUUGCAAUUCGAAGAAAGCAUCUAGUGCAGAAAACGUUCCAUUAAUGUCUACUGUAUCCAAUGAUAAGUCUCUUUACUCGCGCCAGAACAGAAGUACUAAUAAUGUGCCUACUACAUCUGCAUCAAGUAGUGAAGCUACGGAGACCUAUCCAAUAAGACUGCACAGGAAGAAUGUGUCAUUUGGUUCCUUGAAUCGUGUAAUGGACAACAAGAAUGUUUCGAACAAUUUUCCUGACAAAAGUAGAAAACCAUCAGCUACUAGAAUUGGAGAGUCAGAUGAAGAUAGAAAAGAGGAAUCGGAUUAA